AAGUAAAAAAAAAAUAGUGAGGUUUCUCUCUCUUACAUGAUUUGUGUGUCCCAUGAUCCAAUCGGUGAUUUCGGGAUGUAUAAAUAAUUGGAAAAUAUGUAUCUCCACCUCUCUUAAAUCGGUGAGCGAUCUGUGGUUAUAUCUCCGCAUCUCUUCCUUUCUCUUUCUCCCGGAGUCAGGCGGGCGAGCAAGUCCGCCUGAAGAACAGCCAUUAAUUCCGACAAUUAAUUAAUUAAUUAAUUAAUUAAUUAACACCAAGUAUUGUUUAAGCGUGCAAUGCAGGGUAAAGAGGAGGAAGAGAAGAGAAGCAUCCAAGCUUUGGAGGUUGUUGCACGCCACAGAUCAUUAGAUCCUGCAUUUCUCAUCAAUUUUCCUUGCCUUAUGCCGUAAUUUAUUCUUUUUUUGUAUUUAUAUUCUUGCAAUCAUCUCUUCUUCCUCUUCCGUCUUCAUACAAUUUGUCAAUUCUCUCUCAUCAAGAUUGAUUUUGUUGAAUUUUGGGAGUUGCGAUCUAAAACACCGCUGCGUGCUCUGCUGCUGCUCCUCUCAGACUCUCAUCUCUAUUAAAUAAUUAAAUAAUUCAUUUUAUUUUUUGUUUUGGCGGGGAGGAGAGCAGAACCGAAAAGGCUUCAAAAAUUAAAAACAAAUGCCGUCUCAAGUGAUUGAUCAGCAGGGACCUUACAUACCAGGGGACCUUCAAUUUCAAUUUCAAUUUCAAUUUCCUGGCGACAGACAAUCUGGAUUCUGGAAGAUGGACACUUUCAGGAAUAACUAUGGCAUGAAGACUGACGCAGUCGCUGGCACUUCGCGCGGGAUGCCUGUUAUUGCAUCGCCCCUAGAGAAAUUAGCACAUGUAGAUUCUCUAGCGACCAAGCGUUUUGAAAAUCCUGAACAGAGGGUCACUUUCAGCUUGCAAAAACAUGCAGUGGGAGCAGAGAGAGCUCUCAGUCGGUCCUUGAAUCUGUGGAGCUCAAUGGAGCUCAAUCCUGUAGCAAAAUCAAAUCCUAACGUUCAAAAACAGGCUCAGCAGCAGUCAUGGGACAAGAAUAACACAACAUCUCACUUUGAAAAUGGGCUCUUUUCAAGUUCAAUGUCAGAUCUGUUUACCCAAAAGUUGCAACUAUCCUCAAACAACGACUUCUAUGGUCACUCUGUUGAUACUGUUGCUUCACACUAUGAAGAGGAAGAACCUUUUGAGUCCCUUGAAGAGAUUGAGGCCCACACCAUAGGAAACCUGCUUCCUGAUGAUGAUGACUUGCUCUCUGGAGUUGCUGAUGGGAUUGUAAAUAUAGUUCAACCAAGUGGACAGGAUGACGUAGAAGAUCUGGACCUUUUUAGUAGUGUUGGAGGGAUGGAUUUAGGAGAUGAUACAUCAUCUGUAGGACAAAGGAACUCUGAAUUUUCAGGAAGUUCCAAUGGACAACUCAGUGGAACUAGUAUCUCUUUCAACGGGGAACAUCCUUACGGUGAACACCCGUCUCGCACUUUGUUUGUGAGGAACAUUAAUAGCAACGUUGAAGAUCUGGAGUUGCAAGCUCUCUUUGAGCAAUAUGGAGAUAUUCGUACUCUGUAUACAGCUUGCAAACACAGAGGUUUUGUAAUGAUUUCAUACUUUGACAUUAGAGCAGCCAGUAAUGCAAUGAAGGCACUUCAAAAUAAACCUUUGAGACGAAGAAGGCUUGAUAUACACUAUUCAAUUCCAAAGGACAAUCCUUCAGAGCAAGAUGUAAACCAAGGCACUCUUGUGGUAUUUAAUCUCGAUGGUUCCGUCUCAAAUGAUGAUCUUUGCCAGAUUUUUGGUGUUUAUGGAGAGGUUAAGGAGGUACGGGUAACUCCACACAGAAGUAACCAAAAGUUUAUAGAGUUUUAUGAUGUCAGAGCUGCUGCUGAAGCUUACCGUGCAUUGAAUCAAAGUGAAAUUGGUGGGAAGCAGAUAAAGCUUGAGCCAAGUUGUCCAGGGGGUACAAGAAGAAGUUCAAUUCAACCACUACCCUCAGACAUGGAACAAGAGGAAUCUGGUCUUCAUGUACAGCAAAGUAGUGCUGGGUAUUCAAAUGGUUCCACCAGUUCUACUAGCGUGGAAAGCGAUACUGGUUGUGAUACACGUGCCGGAAUACGGGCAACUCUGGGUCCAUCCGUUGAUAGUCCUGCAUGUAAUAAAAUCUCUUCUACUGACCCUAGUGGCUUACCAUCCUUUCUCAGAGCUGAAUCAGCCAGGAAUCAGGCAGGGAUCUAUGAGACAGGGAAGUUAAUCAGCCAAUUAAAUUAUGAUUAUCGAGGCCUACCGACUCUUUAUCCGGGUUCACUGCCUGAGUAUAGUGAUGGUUUAGCCAAUGGUGUUCCGUGCAAUUCUGAUUGUAACCUGCCAGUUGCUGUUAAUUCUCUGCCACAGGAAAGGGUAGAGAAUAAUUACUUGGGCAGAAUAAGCUCAAGUGUCGAAACUUGCAAUGGUUUUGCUACAUCUGGAAGUGGUUCUCUUCCUGGGCAUUAUUACAUGUGGAGUAAUACUAACUACCACCAACCACCGGCUUUUGUAUGGCCAAACUCCCCUUCGCUUUCGAAUGGAUUUAGUAGUCCUCAAACCCAACAUCGGCUUCAUGGACUUACUAGGUCACCAUCUCAUAUGUUGAACUCAGUUUUACCUCAUCAUAUGGGAUCAGCACCAGCUAUUAAUUCUUCGCUUUGGGAUAGGCAAAAUUCAUAUCCAGGAGCGUCACCUGAAGUAUCUAGCUUCCACCAGGGUCCACUUGGGAAUAUGAGACUUUCUGGCAGCCCUUUGCAUCACGUGGAUUUUGUUUCUCAUAAUUUGUUUCCUCAUGUUGUUGGAAACAGCCUGGAUCAACCAAUCUCUUCUAGAAAUGUUGGUCUAAAUUCCCAUCAGCAAAGAGGCGUGAUUUAUCCCUCUAGGAGCCAGAUGAACAUGGUAGGCUCAUUUGAACAUUCUGGUGAUCACGCUAGGAGCCGUAGAAGUGAAGGCAGUUCUGCUCAACCUGACAACAAGAAACAGUAUGAACUGGAUCUUGACCACAUUAAACAAGGGGAAGACAGUCGAACCACACUUAUGAUAAAGAAUAUUCCGAACAAGUAUACAUCCAAGAUGCUUAUGUCUGCCAUUGACGAACGCCACCGUGGAACUUAUGACUUCAUCUAUUUACCAAUUGAUUUUAAGAACAAGUGCAAUGUGGGUUAUGCUUUUAUUAAUAUGAUUGAUCCAAGCCAUAUCAUUCCAUUAUAUGAGACAUUAAAUGGGAAGAAAUGGGAAAAGUUCAACAGUGAAAAGGUUGCGUCACUUGCUUAUGCUCGCAUACAAGGGAAAGUUGCUCUUGUUGCUCAUUUUCAGAAUUCUAGCUUAAUGAAUGAGGACAAGAGAUGCAGACCUAUUCUUUUCCAUAGUGAUGGCACCAAUGCUGGUGAUCAGGUGCCUUUUCCCAUGGGUGUUAACAUUCGAUCUAGACCUGGCAGAUCGAGAUCCAGCAAUAACGAGGACAACCACCAAGAGAGCCUACCGAAUAUGGUCAGCAAAGAGGAUUAUUCUUGUGGAGACUCGUCUUCAAGUUCGGGAAAAGAUUCAGACUGAGCAGUGAACUAACCUUAAAGUAGUAGUUGUAUUUCAUAAGUGUUUUUUGGAGGAAUGCGAAAGGGAGAAAUGAAGAAAAGGAUGUGCACAGAAGGUGAGGUGAGGGUGCUGGUCAUGCACUCUCUGCAUGGUCAAAAAUGGUAAUUUAACCGCACGUUGAGAGAAUUUACUCUCGGGUGCAUGUAAGUAUGUAACUAUGAGGAGGGUUAGUAAAUGGAGCGACAACCAGAGCUUCAAAAUUUUGAUUGGCGUUGAGUGUAUUCGACUAUUGGUAAAUAUAUACUCCGUAGGUGUAUAUAACUGGUGAAGAUAGAACAGAGCUUUACUGCAGCUGGGAGAAGGAUUCCUGGAAUUAACUUCUUUUACUAAUUUUCCUGUUUUCAAUUAUUUUGUUUGUUAACAUUCUUGUCAUAAACCUUAUUGAGGAUUUGAGGGUAUACACUAGUAUUGUCCCAUAAAUUCUUCCAAUUUGAAAAGUUUAGUCAUCAGUUUCGUACAAUUUCUGCCUAGUAUUUGCUUGCAUUCUUGAAGACUCCGUAUUAUAUUAUUCAUGUCUAUUGUAUGCAAACACUGCAAGCAAGUGAUUUAGUCCGGCCUGCAAGAGAGACUGCAUUUUCAGAGAACUUCAGACUAACGGCAAUGAGCAACGAUGAGAGAGAAAUUGCCCUGGUUGAUAUUACCACAGCUGUAAAGUUUCCCAUUAAUUAGUUAGAUACAAUACCUUGUAGCUAACUGUAAUACUUUAUUUAAUUACAAGUUUUUUAUUUAUUUA